AUGGAGUCACAGCGGUUUGAUUGUGUGCCGCCCCGCACUCAAUUAAUAGAAAGGUCUACACUGAAAUCUGUCUUGGAUAAUCCAAAAGUUCUAGUUAUUGCAUUCUUUGCGUCGUUAGGAGGGUUUGAAUAUGGCUAUCAACAAGGCGUUCUCGGUCAAUCGCUUGUUAUGACUCGCUUCAUGGAAGACUUUCCUGCAGUUGUAGCAUCAUCUACUGCAACAGGAUGGUUAACAUCGAUUUUACAGGUGGGAGGGAUCGUGGGCUCCCUCUCAGCCGGUGUACUCGGCGAAAUCAUCUCGCGUAAAUACACCAUGUUCACUGCGUGCUGCUGGGUAAUCUUGGGGAGCUACCUAUAUAUAGGAGCCACACCAGGUAACUCCGCUCUUCUAUAUGCUGGGCGAUUCUUCACUGGCCUUGGCGUAGGGUUGUUUAGCGGAGUUGGACCCCUAUACAAUGCCGAACUUGCUGCCCCAGCCAUGCGUGGACUGCUGGUGUCAUUUUAUCAAUUUGCUACAAUCCUUGGCAUUAUGCUUUCAUUCUGGGUUGGCUACGGCAGUAAUUAUAUCGGUGGCACGGGUGAGUCACAGUCGAGGCUGGCUUGGCGACUGCCAUCUAUCAUACAGGGUAUUCCUGCUGCUGCUUUGGCCUGUGGAGUUUGGUUUAUGCCAUUUUCACCAAGGUGGCUGGUUAAGCAAGGCAGCGAUACGGAAGCACAGAAGACGUUGGCCUGGUUGAGAAAACUGGAAGUUGAAGACGACUUGGUCCAGAUUGAAUACCUCGAAAUCAAGGCAGAAGCACUUUUCGAAGAGCGUGAAUUUGCACAAAGCUUCCAAAACCUCGCUGAAAAGCGCAAUAAUGUGAUCUUGAAUCAAUUUGCACAGUAUGCCAAUUGCUUUCGGUCAAAGGAUAAUUUCAAACGGGUAUGCACUGCAUGGCUAGUGAUUGUCUUCAAAAGCCUUGGACUAACAAGUGGGACCAUCGCCCUUUUGGCUACUGGUGUUACCGGUGUGGUAUUCUUUAUAAGUACUAUACCGGGAAUGCUCUCAAUUGAUAAGUUUGGCCGAAAGCCUAUGCUUCUUAUCGGAUCAUUUGUGAUGUUCUCUAGCAUGUUAAUUGUGGGUGUCAUUGUGGCCAAAUUUCAGCAUGACUGGCCUGGGCACGUGGCUGCAGGCUGGAGUGCACACUCAUUUGGCUAUAUAUUGGCGCUUUUGGGGCCACAUGGGGCCCAGUUUCAUGGACCUUGGUCUCGGAAAUCUUUCCACUCUCAAUUCGGGCAAAAGGUGCGUCGAUUGGCGCGUCCAGUAAUUGGGUAA